AUGGGAGUUGCCAGCUUCCUCGUCAUCCUGCUGGCCGCGGCCUUCGUCGGAGGGAGGACGGCGGUGGAGGCGCACAACAUAACGGCGAUCCUUGGCGGCUUCCCCGACUACAGCCUCUACAACAGCUAUCUCAGCCAGACAAAGGUUGCCGAUGAGAUCAAUGCUCGGGAGACUGUCACUUGCCUCGUCCUCCCCAAUGGCGCGAUGUCCUCUCUCGCCGCGAAGCGGUCCCUCGUCGCCAUCAAGGCCGCUCUCCGCCUGUUCACGCUGCUCGACUACUUCGACGCGCAGAAGCUCCACGAUAUAUCCGGCGGCACCGUGCUCUCCACCACGCUUCUUCAGACCACCGGGGUCGUCCAUGGGAACCUCGGCUUUGUGAACAUCACGGAUCUGAAGGGCGGGAGGGUUGGAUUUGCGUCCGCCGUGCCUGGUUCGAAGUUCGAUUCCUUGUACACCAAAUCCGUGAAGCAGAUACCCUACAGUAUUUCCGUGCUUGAGAUCAGCGCUCCGAUAGUGUACCCGGGCCUCCUCGACUCCCCUACCAAGUCCGAUGCCAACGUGACUGUGCUCCUCGAGCAGGCCGGCUGCAAGACCUUCUCCGGUCUCAUCGUCACGUCUGGGGUCCUGAAGAACUACCAGUCCGCCAUGGCCAAUGGUCUCACCGUGUUUGCGCCGAAUGACGAGGCCUUCAAGGCCGCGGGUGUGCCGGAUCUCAGCAAGCUCAGCAAUGCCGACGUCGUGACGCUGCUGGAGUAUCACGCUGCGCCGGACUAUCUUCCCAAAGCGUCACUUAUGAUGUCCAAGGUCCCCAUCAGGACCCUCGCCUCCGGCGGCUCCGGCAGGUACGAGCUGACGGUGACGACGCGCGGAGACGACGUGACACUGAACGCCGGAAUGGACACCUCGAGAGUGGCAAGCACCGUGAUAGAUGAUGCUCCGUUCUGCAUCCUCACCGUCGACAGCGUUCUACUUCCCGCGGAGCUCUUCGGGAAGGGCCCCAACCCUGCUCCUUCGCUGGUUCCGACCGUCUCUCCCUCGCUCCCACCGACUGCUGUGGCGCCGUCUCCCUCAACAGUAAAUGCAAAGGCACCAUCGCCGGAGCGGCCAUUGUCGCCGCCGGCCCCGCCCAUGGAGUCCCCCGGUGAGUCACCAGUGGAUGCACCGGAGGCUGCGGCGGACAGCAAGGGGGAGCCCACUGGGGGCACCGCAGAUCCCUCCGUCCCGGUAUUCUUGGUCUUGACAGCAUUCGGAUCGAUCCUGUUGUUAUCAUGA